AGGGACAGAGCUCUGCGCCGCAGGCGGAGCUCACAGCUCUCGAGAUUGAACGGGAGUGUGAUGCGGGGCCCAGGGUGAGAGUUGACGCCGCGUAAUUGCAGUGGGAAGAGACCGAUUGAACCUUCGUAUUGGUUUUUGUCUCGCGGAAAACUUUUGAGAACUGGGUCAGGUCGAGUCAAUUGGACUUGUCUUGGAGAUGGUGAAGGAGAAGCUGGUUAUUUAGCGCUCAUUGCGAGUUUUUGUCCGCAAAAUGGUUGCGUAGCCUCGGAUAGUCUUGUAUGAUGACGGUUGUGGUGUCGAAAUUGAGUUGGAUUGUGUCUGUGGUGUUUCUCAUUAGCGUUGUUGCCUUAGUUGGAUACCAAUUUCCGGCCAAAACUCCGUUAGCGCAUUACCAGUUGUGGUAUCCGCUUUCCACAGCGAAGGAAAAUGCUGCUCCGGGUCCCAACACAUCGAAUCGUAGCGAGCUUUAUGUUGGGGAAGCUGGUUUGGCGGCUGCCUCACCGGUACCGCUUGAGGGGCGUUUUGAAGAAUCGACAAGGUCGCGCGUUGCCGUAUGCCUGGUUGGGGGAGCGCGAGCCUUUGAGUUGACGGGCAAGACGUUGAUGAAAUACGUCUUGAAUGCUUACAACGACACAGAUGUAUUCCUGCACUCGCCCUUGGAUAAGGAUUCCCACAAGUUUUCAUUGCUGAGUGGGGCCUCGGGGCUCGCUAGUGCCCGCGUUUUCAUUCCAAAACAACUCCCAGAGAGUAGAUUGCAGCGAGAAGUACUCACGGCGGCAAAUUCCCCUAAUGGGAUACAGGGUCUGUUGCAGUACUUUCAUUUGGUCGAAGGCUGUCUCGAAAUGAUCACUGAGCACGAAUCGAAGCACAAUAUCAAGUAUGAUUGGAUUGUCCGAACCAGGGUUGAUGGCUACUGGAGAGGGCCACUUCCACCCUUGAGCUCUUUUAAUUCUUCUGUCUACUACAUCCCACACGGAUCUCAUUAUGGUGGCCUCAAUGACAGGCUAGGCAUUGGGAAUUCUGAAAAUUCGAGAGUGGCUUUAUCGAGGCUCAGCCUUCUACCACUUCUUCACAAGCGCGGUGCUAGAAACUUGAACUCCGAGACGGCUUUUAAAGCGCAACUAAAAUUCACCAAUUUGUGGUAUUCAUCGACAAAUUUUCCUUUCUGCAUUCUUACUUAUCGGAAGUAUUCUUGGCCUCCAGCUUAUUUCGGCGUUCCAGUGGCGUCGCUGUCGACAAAGGGUGAUUUGAACGGGGCGAAGUGCAGACCCUGCACUCCCAAGUCCAGUGGUUCGGAAGCGCAAAGAUUAGUUUCCAAACUUAGCAAAGGUUGGGGGUGGCCUGGGUUAAUAGAUGGGCUUGAGCUUUGCGAUGCUCAUCAGGACUGGGAACCGCAAUGGCGCACAGUUUAUGAGAAGGAAUCUGGCGAGCAGCUCUCUGGUGACGCUCAGCGUGUCACGACAAGGUCUGUGUCGGAGUGUGUGCGCGAUAUGGAAGAGUUUCAAAAGCAGUGGGAGGUUUGGGACGCACCUCCACCCUUAAAGAUUUGUUCUGAGGGCAGGGAAGACGAGGUGUAUUCUGAUUCUGAUGAGUCUGUGAAUUGAGGAUUUUGGGAGAUGUUUGGCCGGGUGAGAACAUGUCUCGCAGUAGGUAUGUUGAAUUUGUAACAACUGGGAGAGAAACGAUAAGGGAUUGAGCUGCGGAAGGUGUAGUCAAUGUUUUUCCUUUAGUAUGAGUUAAGAUUUUCAACAACUUAUGCAUUGAAGAGUUCUAGUCUUGUCACACGCAGCCAAAGCAAGUUUUUUUAGAGCGGUAAUCCUUGGCAGUUUGUAGUGUGAGCUGAUGCCAAAUUAAAGUAAGAGCUGCAGGGAUGUGUGAUCCGUUUAACUUUUUGCUAGGGAAUGAAGGAAGAGCUGCUUAUCUUAAUUUACUUGGGUUUUUUUAAUGUAAA